GUGAGGAUACCCAAAAUGGAUUUGCAAAACCUAUCAAACAUCAGCAGGAAAUUGAUAGUAGGCAUCCCGUUAAUAUUUCUCCUCUGCAUGUUUCUGAUAGUGUACUCAACGCAACGCAAGGGGAUGUCUCCGGACUUUGACGAGUUUGCCAUAUAUCGCCGUUCUUCGUUUGACAACGACUCAUCAUUUAUCCAAAAUCACACAAAGAUGGAUUUACCAUGCAACAAUGAACUAGCCAUUGAUAGUAGUACAGUGCAGGAGAUCGUUUCAAAACUUCAAAGAGUGACCGAUGAUUAUGUAAGCCUUGUCCGAAUUAGUAUCGCCUUUAUCGAUGACAACCUACCAGACAACUCAGAGCAGAGUAACCCAUCGGUCUGGCACUGGGGGCUAGGUGGCAGGGGAAGAACCUUCCUCCAUUUCCCCUACGUUAACAAGUCCUUGUCUCUGAACACUCUGAGCUUCGGGUUUCACUGGGUCAAUGUCACAAUCGACAACAUUGGAGCAUUAAACGAAUCGUAUUCUGAUGGUUGCUUGGGAUAUACAUUGUCCAAAGUGCUACGUCAAGUUCGGCGUCAGUUAACUAAUAUAGGUGGUGCUUCACGGGAUGCCAGGGAUGACGUCUUGUGUAAAGAAAGGUAUCUUAGCUUACCAUUGUUUCGGGCUACGUUGAUCCCUGGUUAUAGUCUCUUCGAUCUGCAGUCGAGCAGCUACUACAAAUGUUGGAAUAUCAUGAAUAUAGAGACAUGUGAUCAGGACAACUGCGUAGAGGACCCUUCGUUUACAAUUGAAGGUACUAUCGUUACUAUUUCUUUUGGGAUUACUUACACAUUGCUCUUGUUGGCCCUUAUCUGGGAAUUGUGGAAGGUUUACUCCAGAGAUUUUGAUUACCAGGAUGAAGGCUCUGGAAAGAAAGUAAACAUCUUACGAAUCAAUCUUAUCCCACCUGUGUUGCUCAUACUUGCAUCUAAUGAGACACGGCAUCAAAAAAUAGUCAACGUGGUAUACUGGAGUUUGGUUUACGCCAUACCGAUCGUCAUCUACUUGGUAUUCUUCCUGAUCUAUGUCACUACAUCUGAAUUUGCCUUCAGAAGUUCCCAGCGUGGCGAAAAGUUCCAGCAAGCCCAUGUUUGGGGUCUUGAUUUUGUAUUAGCAAACAUCUUUUAUCUAAUUGGAGCUAUCAUCUUCAUGUAUUUUGUUUGCAAGCAUCGGCUCAGUGAUCAAGGUAACGAGGAUGAUAACCAAGAACGAGUCAAUGAGGAACAAAACAACCAUGACAACUGGCAAAGUAAGAAGGUGAGGCUCAAAUACUACAGUGUGGUAGCUUUCUUUUGCUUCUUCCGGUUCUCUGCAACAGCGAUGCUGCUGGUCGAGAUCAUUGUUUUAACCUCAAUUGGAAUAGCCAUAAAUAUUAGGUAUGGAAGCCCCGUCUGGAUCAAUAUCAUCCUUGGUGCAUUUGUCGUUGUUGCUAGCAUAAUUGAGUUUUUCGACAGCUACCAACACCUCUUCAGCAAGAUCCACUCUGUUGGCACAAAAGUAGACCAGGACCACAAUUUGCCGAACAAAAUCUUUGAGCCAACUAAGGACGGAUUCAUGAUACAGUCCAGUCUUCUCCAUGACAUUAUCCGGAAAUGGCUACCUUUUUACAGUCACGUCUUCAACACUAUCAAGCACAUCAUCAUUGGAAUUGUCUUCCUUGGCAUCGUCGCUCUCAUUGUUUUCUUCAUUGACAGAACCACUCAGAUAUCUUCCUUCGUCGAGUACGUGGUCACAGCAGUACCCUUGGUGUUUGCAGCUGCAGGGAAACUUGGAGGGAGUUCUUUAACAGCUGGUGGAAAAGCAAAGAACAACACCCAAGACAAACUUCUGACACUCGAAAAGGAUCUCAUAGAUUACGCAGAAACAGGCAAAUACCCGGAAGCUUCAAAGGAGGAUCAAAACCAAGGUCAGACACAGAACCAAGCUCCUGCUGCUCCUGCUGUCUAACGACCCAUCACAGCAUUCUGUACCCGUUCCUCAUGAUCAACCUUAGGAUCCAGCCCCAGCCGUCUCUCUACCGCAAGGAAGCUCCCCGACUGCUCAGCCUUCGAUUUAGCCAUUACCAAUACUGAAUCAUAGAUGAGCCCUUAACUCUCGUCAGUAUGAGCUUUGGAAUAUGAAGACGACGCGGCGGUAGUUCAGGAAACAUUAAAGGACAAGUGCACCCCAACUAAAAGUUUGAAUAAAACUAUAAAGAUAAAAAUCCAAGAAGUAAAUUACUCAAAAUUCCAUCAAAGUCGGAUAUGAAAUAAUAAAGUUAUGACAUGUUAAAUUCGUUUAAUUUUUAAGACAGUUAUAUGGCUAUGCACAUCCUGGUAAGUAAUACUGAUAAUAAUAUGCAUUUAAAUAACGCAAAAACUAUUCUAUACACUCUAUUGCAAAAGCCCCCCGACAUGCCGGGGGCCCGUUACAAUGGUUACAGAAAGAGUUGCGAUCAAACGCAACUCAAAAUAUCUUGCGCAACUUGAUUUUCAACCAAUGAAUCACCCGUAUUCGGGACUUGCGCUUGAUAUUUUGACUUGCGUUUAAACGCAACUCUUUCUGCAACAGGCCCCAGAUGCUGUACAUAAUGCUGGAGUAAAUAGGUUUUUAAUUUUAGUUUGAAAUUAUGAAGUCAACAACCUUACAUAAUAUUAAAAAUGGUUGAAUUCGUAAUUUCAAGGGGAAGUUUGUUCCAUAGUUGUGGGCUGAUACAGGAAAUGACCUAGUACGUGUUGCUUUAGUCUUGCAGGGGUACUUGCAGUGUGAGUGUAUCUUGUGAGCUACGAAGGUAAUGGUCAUGAGAUCGGGAUUUUAAUUUCAAGAGUUGGGCCUGACCGUUAAGACCUUUAAAGACAAUAAUUGAGAUCAAAGAGAAUCUUAAAUAUGAUUUGUCGGACAGGUAACAGGUGUAAUUUUCUCAAUAAAAGGGUUACUGGAGAGAAUUUUGGAAAACGACAGAUUAAACGUGCAUAUGCGUUUUGCACUCUAUAUGCUAUUCGGAUUAUGGAGAAUUGAGUAAUCCUAGAGAACACUAUUACAAUAAUCCAAAUUAUUUGUGAUGCAAGCAUGAACAAUAGUUUUCGUGUUAUCCUGGUCAAAGAAUUUACGCAUAUGUCUCAAGUUACAGGGGCCGUGGAACGGUUUUCAAAGUGGGGGGGCGGGGACUGAUCCAAAAGUGGGGGGCUGACCAUGCAAAAAAUCACAAUCAUAUUUCAUUUUUACGUUUUUGUACAGGGUUUUGAAAAACAGUGGGGCUGAAGCCCCCCCCCCCCCCCCUCCCCGCUUCUGUGGCCCCCGAGGUACAAUGUAGAUCAAGAAGCAGAUGUACAAACUUUGUUUAUUUGUGAUUCCAUGCCUAAGUGGGUAUCAAAUAAUACACCAAGAUUUCUUGCAUGAUCGGAUGGAGUUAUGACCGAAUCACCAACAAUUAAGCUGUAGCCCCCAAACUUUGAAACAUGACGUGGGGUACCAGUGACCAAUAAUACAGUUUUCUUAUCAUUCAACAUUACUUUUUGGAGCAUCCAGGAUCUGAUAUAUGCCACACGUUCCCGCCCCUCCCCCUCAGUGUUAUUUAGGGUACGCCUCGUUCCCUCCCUUUGAAAGCACCCCUCUAUCUCAUGUCUGCCAAAAUUUCUGAAUCCCCUUUCGCGGGCUUUUCCUGCCUUGGAGACCCUCCUAAAUCAAGAACACUGCUCAAUGUACCCCCUUUCAUCUCAGGUAAGCUGUCAUUACAUAGAGGUUCCCUGAUGUCAUGAUGGAGGACAAAACAAUAGCAAAACCAUGAAAACAAUGACUUUUCAUAGUCUGAUGCACAGGUUUUUAUUGUUUGUCCUCCAAUAUGGCUGCUUGUGGGAACCCACUAUACCUUAGGAAAGAUUUUUAAAUUUCUCAGGAUUCCAAAGAGAGAAAGAGGAAAAAAGACACCCUUUUUAAAGAAAUCUCUGGUUGAAAAGUCAGAUACAACCCCCUGUUUUGCGAUUCGCGGGCCGGACUUGUCUCGCGAAAAAGUACCCCUUUACCGGACAAUUUGGGAACACGCAUGCGGUCCCUCAGACCCCGAAGUGGGGGGGGGGGGAGGGGGUGUGGGCGCACGUUCUUCUAAUGAGUUAUCAUCUCGUUUAGUUUUAAAUUUGGGGAGAAGAGUAAAUAUAGUUAACGUGUCGUAUGGGUAGCAGUGGGGAUUGAGACUUUUUGAAACUCUCUUUAGGUGGUUUCAGACCGCCUCGAAGUUCGUCAGUUCCAGGUAUUCUCUGAUCGGGAAAUUUACCCCGAUCAGAAAAUACCAGUAUUUUGGUAAUGUGAAAGCAAACUACGCGUAAUUUCCCCGAAAGAAAAUACCCGCUAAUCACUUUAUAAUCAUUUGUAUUUUUUUUUAUUGACUUUAAUUCAUUUCAAUGAAAGCAGAAUAUACUAUUUCUUUUGUAUUUCAUUAAAUGAAAUAUGAAUUAUUUCCAUUUCUCCUGAUUGUCACGUGAAAUAAAGUUUAUUCCUCCCUGAACAUGUGGAAUUACAAAAAUUGUUUUAAGUUAACAUUUUGUGGUCCGGUCGAAUAGGUUACUAUUGUCAAAUCUGUAUUUUAAAAAAUGAAACAUUGUAUAAUUCAAACAAUAAAAAAAAGAAAUGAUGAGUGAGUGAGUGACAUCUGUAAUGAAAGCUGUUUUGAGUGCAAAUUCUGUUAAUCUGAUUUGUUCCGAAAAAAACAUCAAACGUUUUAAUUUGUCAAGACUAAAAUGUCUCCUUGGGUCUGAGGUUCGGACUAAUUGUAUUUGAUAUGCUUGUACUGCAGAUAAUGUGCUUGGGUGAGCACACAUAUACCUUCGUAUUGUACAUAGUUCACACAGUGCUUGUUUAAUACAUGUGCUAUAUAUGCCUUGCCUGAGGUUUCUAUUGUUAGCGCCAUCUCUUGGUCAACCGAGAUGACAGAUUUGAUCAGAUGGAAUCAGUGCUGGAGAUUCUGUUUGGGAGUAAAAAUCUACAUCAAUCUUAAGCAUCCUACAUGGGAUUGAUCUUUAUUAGAAGAUUUUUAGAGGCAAAGAGGUUAGUUGAAACAUUGAUUUAUAUCUACUUAAGAACUAUGAAUGUAUAUAGCUUUGGUUUAGCAUAUUGACAAGGUAUAAUAGGCUUAUUGCAUUAAUGUAUAAUGUGAAGGUGCAUGUAGUUUAUACAGAAAGUAUGUGCGUCAAUUA